CAGAGAGUUCAGACACUUGAAAAACUCCAGCAUGCUUCGAGCAGAAACCUUGGGUCUGGGCCUGGCCAGAUCUCUCUACCUGGGUAAAAGAUGAAGGCAACAAUACAAAUGGCUUCAGGAAAUCUCACAUGGGUGACGGAAUUCAUUCUUGUGGGAGUCUCAGAUGAUCCUGAGCUCCAGAUUCCUCUCUUCCUGGUCUUCCUGGUGCUCUAUGUGCUGACGGUGGCAGGGAACCUGGGCAUCAUCACCCUCACCAGUGUUGACUCUGGACUUCAAACCCCCAUGUACUUUUUCCUCCGACACUUGGCUGUCAUUAAUCUUUGCAAUUCUACUGUCAUUGCCCCUAAAAUGCUGGUUAACUUCCUGGUUACCAAGAAAACCAUAUCUUACUAUGGAUGUGCAGCCCAGCUGGGUGGAUUCUUGGUUUUCAUUGUGGCUGAGAUUUUCAUGCUGGCUGCAAUGGGUUAUGACCGCUACGUGGCUAUUUGCAACCCUCUGCUCUACGCAGUAGUGGUGUCUCCAAAGGUAUGUCGUCUGCUGGUGUCCCUCACAUACCUUCAGAGUCUUAUCACAGCCCUGACUGUCUCUUCCUGUGUGUUCUCUGUGUCAUACUGUUCUUCCAACAUCAUCAACCAUUUUUACUGUGACGAUGUCCCUUUGCUAGCAUUGUCCUGUUCUGAUACCUACAUUCCAGAAACAGCAGUGUUUAUCUUUUCAGGGACCAAUUUGUUUUUCUCCAUGGUUGUUGUUCUGAUAUCCUACUUCAACAUUGUUAUUACCAUUUUGAGGAUACGUUCCUCAGAAGGACGACAAAAAGCCUUUUCCACGUGUGCUUCUCACAUGAUAGCUGUGGUUGUGUUCUAUGGGACUCUCCUUUUCAUGUAUUUGCAACCAAGGAGUAAUCACUCAUUAGAUACUGACAAAAUGGCCUCGGUCUUCUACACCCUGGUCAUACCAAUGCUGAACCCCGUAAUUUAUAGCCUAAGGAACAAAAACGUGAAAGAUGCACUAAAGAGAUUCCUAGAUAACCCAUGCCGAUCACUCAAACUAAUGUAAAUUUAAAACUAAAACUAUCCUCCUUUAGUGCUUUUCAUUUUUUUCCUGAAAACUGCUAUUUAAAAAAAAAAAAAUGGCAAGUAAUUGUUAGAAAUUCCAUUCAUUUUAGUGGAAAAUGUUUAAUUGUUCUUAUGUCAACCUCACAUACCCAAACAAGAAAACAAUGUCUAUAAAUAAUAAAAAAUAAUUUGCAAAUAAUCAGUUUGUGGACGACUUAUAGAUAAAAUGUAAGCCACUAAAGGGUUUUUAAAAUAAUUUUUAAACAAGGAAGAGAAAGCAUGGUAGUGCGUGUGGAGGUAUGUGGCAUCAUUUCUUGGAAGGUGGUCAAAACACAGAUCAUCCUCCUUGCAAGAGACAUAUUUUGUUCAGCUACUAAAAAUUAUAUUUUUAGUUUUGUAGCAUUUAUCCAUCAAGUUCAACUUUUGUGGAACUAUUUUUAUCUUGUAUUUAAAAAUUUUUAUCACAGAAAAACUACACAUGGAAAUAAGACUUAAGGGAAAACAGGCUAACAAAUUUUUUAAAGGGGAUUUUCUUUUUUCAUUAUUCUCAGUUGGUGUGUGCACCCAAAGCAAAAUGUUGAUGUUCACUCAAGUAAGACACACAAUUUUUUUCCAUCUCAUCAUAAAACAUUUGUGUAAAGUUAAUUGCCUUUGUUAUGAAACUACAAUACCAAGCAGCACUACUUUCAGCAUUUUCAUUCAGUGUAAUUUGAAAAAAAAUUUUAUUAGACAAAAAUUUUUUAAAAGAAUAUUAUCUUUAAAAUGUCGCCAGUUCUUCAGAGUCCUCCUGUUUUUUUAAAGAAAGUUAAUAGUUACUAUGAACUAUAUCUCUUUGCAUGUAAAAGGCUACUAAUGCAUGAUGGAGCGAGGGAGAGUGGCACUUAUAUGUGAAAUAAAGGUAGUGUCUGGAAAUAAAGUACAGUCAUCAUAUUUUCAGGAAGGUUAGAAGCAUACCCUAUCCAGGGACUGUGUGACUGAGAUCAGUAUUUCAACUUCUAACUUUAGCCUUAAAGGAGCAUAAUCACUGAAGCCUUAAAGUAGCAGAAUCACUGAAGGGGAAUACACACUAUAUAAGGAGUAUUUCUGGUCUCAAGGGCAACAUUGAUAAUAGUUCGAUGGCAUUUGCCUUUAUGUUACUUAUUUGUUUAUUUGUGUAUCUUUUUCUACUUUAUGAUGUAUGUACUUGGCUUCAUCAACUGAUCAUUGUAACCAGAGAACUAAAAUUCCCAUUAGAAACAAUUCUUUUGGGUCUGGCUAGAUGAACAGCAUUGGAGUAACAGCGCUAAACUCACUCUUACAUUUAUACCAAUGUUAUGCAUAUUACUAAAUUAGUUAAGGUAAAUAAGUACUCCAGUGUUUUCUACCUUUUAAUUUGGCUUACAUGUGUAUUUUGUAAAAAUAAUGUUUUUUUUUUUGUAUUCAUUUUCUAUUGCUACUGUAAGAAAUCACUACAAACAUAGUAGCUUGUAACAACCCAAAUUUGUUAUCCCACAUUUCUGGGGGUCAGAAGGUCAAAGUGGGUCUCACGAGGUUAAAACCAAGAUGUUGGCAGUCUGUGUUCCUACUGGAACCUCUAGGGACAAUCUGUUUUGCUUUUUGCAGGUUCUAGAGGUUGCAUACAGCACUUAGCUUAUGUUCCCUUUCCAGCUAGCAAUCUCAUCACUGACCUCUGCUUCCACUGCUGUAUCUCCUCUGCCUUUCACCUUCUUCUUCCCUCCCUCUCCUGUGAUUGUCGUGGACUCACACAGAUAAUCUGUGAAAACCUCCUCAUCUCAUGAUUCUUAAUCACAUCAGCAAAUUCCCUUUACAAUGGAAUGCGACAUGUUCAGAUAGGUUCCUGUACCUGUCUUAUUCAUUAGUGCUCAAUGGUAUAGUCUUACAAAAGUUGACAUGCUAUAUAUCCUUUCUAUAUUAUUUACUAUAAAAUUUAUGUAAACAAACUAUACACAUGGCAGCCUUUGAAUAAAAGAUAAAAAUCAGUUGGUUUUAAGUUUGCAAAAGUGUAUACACAUAUACACACUCACAUAACACUUGUGGCACUUUUACUCAUAUGUGAUGAAUUAACUCAAUCAACCAAGCAGACAAGUUUUCAAGGAAACAAGGUAGAAAAAGUAAAUUGUCAGCUCUGGUCUAUGUGUUAAUCAUCCCAUGGGGCAUGUCAGCCUAAAUAAGAGAGGCUCCCUAAAAGAGAAUAAUAUUCAGGAUUACAGCAUUGCAAUGAGAAAGCAAGUGUCAUAUUAAUUAUGUGGGUUAAGAGAAAAAAGGAAGAGAAAAAGGAAGACAAAGGGUUUUAUAGAGAAACAAAUUGAGGAGAAUUACAUAAUUUUUGAGAUAAUUAUCUUUGGCUUCAAAAAUCAGUAAUAAGAGUGAUACUAGUCUGAGGUUGCACAGGCAGUUGCUGGACAGAUGUCCUUGCAGAAGUAUACAUAUUUUUAAGGUUGUGAUGGCCUUUGAGCAAUGUUGUGAUUUUUGCCACCAUUUAUGAUAUUUUCGUUAUCAGGCAUACAAGCAUGAGAACCCUCUCUUGAUAGCCUUUUAUGGCUUUAUUUGUCAGUUCAUGUAUAUGUGUGUGUUUUUUUUUUUUUAAACAUAACUCCAUUUUGAUUCUGACAGCUUUCACAUUUCCCCCUUUUGAUCAAAAUAUUUUUCCAAAAGCACCAAGAGUAAUUCAUAUUGUCAUUAAGUUUUAAUAUUUCUUGGUGCCAAAAUAGACUUGUUCUGAGUUCCUAAUCCCAUCUCACAUUAGAGAGAGUGCUUACUGACUAUGAGUAAAUGACAAAACUCCAUUAGCCAUAUUGAGCAACAUGAGAGGUUUGAAGGAAGAGAAUCACAGGCUAAGUCUACCUGGAAUUCAUUAUUAAGUUCAAUUCUGUCUGUUGCAUAAUCUUUUUGCCAUCAUCUCAAAGUGCUGAGUCAGCAUUGUUUUGUUAGAAAUUGUAUUUCUGGAAAAAUUUAACGAGUGACACACACAAAGUUUAAAAGUGGAAAAUACAGAGUAAAAUUAACAGUAGUAUGAAAGUCCCAAUUUGUGUAAUAGUUUUGACCCUAGACUUAAAGACAACCAAUUGAAUAAAUCAAAUGCCUUUUAUGCUGCCAAGUGAAAAAGGUAGGCCUGAGAAUAGGGAGCCUCAUUAUAGAGUUUUAUUCUGACAUCAUGGGAAAAGCUGCCUAUGGCAUUAAGACAUCAACUUUUUGUCCUGGUUUGUAGUUUGACUGUCUGAUUAUGAUAUCAGGUGGUUUGGUAAACAUUUUCUGGGGCCCAUAUAUGAGGCAAGAGGCUUGUUCCUUAAAAUUUAUCUAGUUUCAGCUUAUAGGGCUUUUGGAACAAAAAAAGUUUGUUUUUAGUAAUUCCAUAGAAAGUUGUAUUGGGAGAAUCUAGAAGACUUGAAAAUUUAGUGUAGUCUACAGGUAAAUAACAAGAACUUAAAAGCAAUGCAAACUGCUAUAACCGAAUAAUGGAUAUAUUAUACCUUUGCUUUAGAAACAUGACUUUUGCUCUGCCUUGAUCACAUAAAAAUCUCAGAUAUAAAAACCUCUUAAGCUAGAGAGCCAAACCAAGGCAGACUUUGGAUUUUGUUUACAUGCUUACAAUCUUAAGGUUCCUAGGCCUGUCAGGAAGUGAUAAUUUUUACUUAAUUCCUUGUAAGGCUGGAAACUGUUGAAAUCUGGCAUUUUAUGCAAAUUUUCAAAUAUGACAUAUUUUCAGUCAAAUCCAUGGUAAUAUGAUCAAUAUUUCUGAUUGUGUCCUCCUGUAAAGAUAAAUCAGAUUUUUACUGAAAUUAUGUUAUUACAUAGAUUGUCAUAAAAAUUAAGAAUACUUAUGAAUAGUUUUUGAAUUGUCAAGGAAUUAAAUUG